ACGGCCCUCUUGUCUUGUCCUGUCGCGGCCUGUCGUUUCUUUUGUUGUUGCUCUUGUUGCCAACUGUGUCGUGUGCUGCCAGCAGUACCUGCAUCUUCACCUCGAUACAUGCUCGGUGGCAGGCACAACACACCAUCCUCGUCGUACGACAUGCGGCUUCGGGAGCGGCUGCAGACAUCCAUGUCCUCAUGUCUGUAUCUAUCUACAUCUUGCGUAUCCGUCUUCUCCCACCACCUCAUCCAUUCACCUCCCUUCGGAUGGUUCCGACUCCAUCAUCGUCUCCAACACCAUCUCUUCCCGAGCCAUCCCGGCAAGCAGAACGACCAAGCGCGCACGCCCUUUCUUUCUCGAACAAUCUACGGUGCACUUGCACAAGCACCAGACCACCUUGCCGCACAAAGCCAUCCGCCCAACGGCCUUUCAUUCAACACACUGACACUGGCUGUCAUGUCCCUGGCAAUCACCAAUCCCGCUCGACUUUCCUCCCUUUCUUUCUUUCUUUUUUUCUUUCUUGCCCCGAUUUUCGUUGCCGCCGUUGUCUUGUUUCGCCCGCCCAUGACCCGCGCGAAUGCAUGGCCACGUCAAGGUCUAGAAAAUGUAGCAGUAAUCAUCCCGUCAUGUCGCCGUUGUUCAUCUGGAACCAUCCAUCCACCCGGACGUGGGCAUCUGGAGACGAACCCCAGUCCAAAGUCGCCGCCACCCCGCUUACUGCAUCGCAUCCCCCCCGGGCCGUGGCCAGGAACCGCACGUGGACCUGCUUCAUCGUCUCGUAUUCUGAUUGGUUGCCCGCCUCGCUUCUCCUUGGUUGCUUUCAGUACACGCUAUUCCAUUUGUGGACCUGAGAUGUCCAUCCUAACACACAUCUAUCUAUGUAACCCCAGGUACGCAACGUGUCAAGCGCGUAGAUACUACUGUAUGCGAACAUGCUGUGGCCAAGAAUACAGACAAAACAAGAAAAAACACCGCGAGAAAACAACAAUACGGCCCUGCCCUUCCUC